AUUUAAGUCACUUCCUAAGCUUACCAGCUACCAACACAUCUCACCAUGUGGGGAACAGUGAUCGGUGCUGCCAUAGGAGGAGUUGUGGCUGUGGCAGCUACACCCAUAGUACUGGGUGCCAUUGGCUUCACUGGGACUGGAAUAGCUGCCUCAUCCAUAGCAGCCAACAUGAUGUCAUCAGCAGCAAUCGCCAAUGGGGGUGGAGUUGCAGCAGGAAGCCUGGUAGCCACACUACAGUCAGUGGGGGUUGCUGGACUCUCUGCAUCAACCAACAUCAUCCUGGGCACAGUUGGGGCAGCUGUUGGUGGAUCCUUGCUUUGAACGUAGGAGAGAACACCUCUACCAGCUGGACCGAAAGCCUUUAAGGAAUGUCCAGGAGACAGUGUACCCCAAGAUGAGCCUCCAAAUCUCCCAUUGAAGUCACAGAAAAAUGAAAAAUAAAGGUUCUAUC